AUGUUACCCAUUGGCAGAUCGAGAAAAGCGGAAUACGAAAGGCAUCUUUCCAAAAUGCGUUCUCGAGCUUUAGACAACAAAGAUCAAAGAUUAGAAUCAGGAUUCAAUGAAGCAAUGCUUGGAGCGGCCCAAAUCAUGCUCGAUGAGAUUCCUUCCUUACAAAAAGGUGUAUUCUGGUAUACUCCCCCCAUCGAUCACGCUGAACAUAACAACAUAUGGUAUAAAUAUACAUACUAUCGUCAAAAUACUGAAGGUGGUGAAUCUGUAGCAACCAUUGAUCCUUAUGUCGAAGCGUUCUCUGAUAACUGGAUGAUAAAUUUAGAUGGUCAGAAAGAAACAGAGUAUGAAGCCGCCAAUGACGCUUGGGAAUCAGAUUCGUCGAUUAGUGUGUGA